GCUGGCGAUUCCAGGAAGUCCAUCCUUUUUUUCCCACUACAUUCCCCUCUUGAUUACCCUCUUGUCGCCGUCGGCUGCCAUUACACGCCAAUAUCCCAUUUGCUCUCAUUUUCACCUCUCAUUUCUACCUAUCGCCCAUAAAAGCACUAUCUUUGCCACCUUCUCCCCUCCACCACCUCCACCAUGGCACCCACACGCCCACCAAACGUCGAAAUGGCCACCAAGCGUAUCAAGAAAGAGAUCGCUGACUUGGCCAAAGAAGACCUCGGUUCCAUCAUUCUUGCUCCUGAAGAAACCAACAUCUUACACUGGAAGGCGAGAAUACCUGGACCGGUCGGUUCGCCUUACGAAGGUGGCGUUUUUGAUGUGGACAUUAGAGUGCCUCAUGAUUACCCCUUUUCGCCUCCUCACUUGCAGUUUAUGACCAAGGUCUAUCACUGUAAUGUGGCGUCUAACGGUGCUAUCUGUCUUGACCUUUUGAAGACCGCCUGGUCCCCCGCCCUCUCAUUAUAUAAAGUCAUACUCUCUUUGUCCUCCCUUCUGACCGAUCCAAAUCCGGCAGAUCCCCUAGUUCCACCCAUUGCUUCGGAAUAUCGGAACAAUAGAAGAAAGCACGACGCGACCGCCAGAGAGUGGGUCAGAAAGUUCGCACUACCUAAAUCGAAUCCACCACCUGCGCAGCUCAAACCAAAACUUCAGCCACCUGCGUUACGCCGCACAAUCUCGCGCUCUCUCCCUGAUUCUACAUCGCCCGCGCCUCCACCGCAGCUUGCCGGUCAAAGGCGCGUCAUUCUAGAAGUGGGAGAUUCUGACGAUGAAGGCGAUAUACAAGUAUUGGGAGAUAGCUCACGGGGAAAUAGCAGUCAACCAGCGGCUGUAACGACAAAUGGAGCGGGGAGGCAAAAAAGGGCAAGGACUAGUGGACAAGGAGGAAGCGCAGGGGAUGCGAUCGUCAUUGAUGAGUAGACACACGGGACGUGACGGAUAGUGGAUGAUAGGGAUAGUUCGUGGUAUGGCUGUUAUGCUGAUGUCGUAAGCCAUUUUUGUGAUAUAGGAAGAAAACGCACGGAUACUUUCGCUACAGUGUAAUUCAUGAUAUGUUAUGAUUUUUUAC